GGAGCGGAAGGGGCGGGGUCUCUCUGCCGGAAGUGGCGUGAGGAGGCAUGGCGGCGCUGGCGCGGGCCGCGAGCUGCCAGGCUGAAGUAACUCAAUGGAUAGCAGCUUGCAGUGGCUUAUUACAGACAGCCAUGGUCCAAGGCCAGUGCAGGAGGAUGCUUCAUGGUAUUUUUCAGAGAUGCAAGACUGGCCAGUUCCAGCUGCCUAAAGCCUGUGGUGGAUUGAUUGAAGCCAAUGGAACCAAAAUGCAUCAGAAUAGAUUGAUUUACAGUACAAAUAAGCAGCUUUCUGCAAAAGAUUCUGUGCAGACGUCUGAGGAGAAAGUGGGUCCUUUCACAAGGAUAAUAGAAGCAAUGGGUUUCACAGGUCCACUGAAGUACAGCAGAUGGAAAAUUAAGGUAGCAGCUUUGCGCAUGUACACGUGCUGUGUGGAGAAAACUGACUACGAGGAAUUUUUUAACAGGUGCCAAAUGCCUGAUACAUUGAAUUCAUGGUUUCUAGUAGCCCAGCUUCAUGUCUGGAUGUGUCUGGUGCGAAUGAAGCAGGAGGGUCGAGCAGGAAAAUACAUGUGUCGCUAUAUCGUCCAUUGCAUGUGGGAGGAUGUUGAGCAGCGUGGCAAGGUGAUGGGGAUUAAUUCUGUUGUUCUAAAGCAAGAUUUGAGAAGUAUGGUAGAAAAUUUCUAUGCAGCUCUGUUUGGAUAUGAUGAGGGAAUCCUGUCCGAUGAUCACGUUCUGGCAGCAGCUCUGUGGAGAAACCUUUUUAACAGGAACUGUGAGGACCCUCGGCACCUGGAGUUACUCGUGGAGUACGUGCGCAAACAGGUGCAGCACCUGGAUGCACUGAGCGGGGAGGACCUGCUGCUGACAGGCGAGGUGAGCUGGAGGCCUCUCGUGGAGAGCAACGCUCGCAGCAUCCUCAAGCCCCUUUCUCCUGUUUACAACGACGAAGGACUCUGAGAGCAUUCGUCAAACCAGCUUGGGAAACAGGCCUGAAACUGAAUUGGGCUGAAGCUGUGGGAUCAGGAAGGAAAGUUUGCUGUUGAAAAGGAAUGUAUUUAAAUAGAUGUCUUACCUGUGGUGAAUUGAUAGCAAAUUGGACAGCCAUAGUCUUCUGCAUUUUCACCUGGUGCGAGAGCCUCUGUUCUUUUUAUGGCACAGAGUGGUCCUGGCACACAAAUUGCAAGACCUGCCUUCCAUCUUUGGGAAAACAGCUAUUUUAACCGUGACUUAGUUGUCUCCAGAAGCCAUUUCUGUCCCUUGCCUCAUCUGAAGAGCUGCUACCUACAGAAACAACGGUAUUCCUCUGCUGGAUGAAUGGUUGUGAAUACAAACCUGUGCUUUGCAUUGUAGAUAUUAACGAAUUCUAAAAGCCUGGUAUCAAGAAAGAACGGCCCAUUUUUCUUUAAUAGAGUUAAGAAUUAUUUAUCAGGUUCUGAAGGAUUUUCCAUGAAAAUCCUUCUUAGGAGCUCUCUGCUCUGUUGCACAAGAAUAGGAGGAUGCAAAGAAUAACGCACAGUCCUCAGUAGUCCUCUGUGACUGUAGCCAUCUUAAUGAGGAAAGAGUCUGAAACGUGUUUGGGCUGCCACCCAAGGUUGUCUCAGAGUGCUUGGUAUUUCAGAGGAGCUCAGCCUUGCUGAUAGUUCCAUACUCUUUUUUAGUAGCUGUGGUCUGAGAAUUUCUUCCUGAAAAUGACAUCUCUGUUUCUGUCCAUGGCUCUUAAUGGCAUAGGACUGUGCUGCCUCCCACCCCCAAAGCAGUGGUCCGGGGCUUUUCAACAGCACCUGUCAACCCCAGCUAAAAGUUGAUAUGGCUGUGCAAGCAACUUACACUGAUACGGUAAUUAUGGGAGCCAGAGCUCCACUAAUUAAACCAGCAGAGGCUGAGGUGUACUGCGUAGGUGGAUGGUUCACAGGGCUAUUUCCAGGCCAAAACAGUUUUCAUUUUACUCCUGUCAAAAUUGCAGUUGGUAAUAAAUGCCAUUCUGGGUACAAUCCAUGCGUGUGCAUUUUCUGUGCUCUGCAAGACUUUGAUAAGAAUCAGCCCUCUGAUAUUAAGGCGUAUUCCUGAUAAUACUAUUAUGCAAAAGUCAAGGAUGACAAUUCUUUAGUUGAUGAGGUGUUGUUUCCGUUGAAAUUGUGACUGCCUGGAUGUGACUGUUCUUCUUUCUGAAGCUGUUUUGGUGAGUACUUGACAUCAUCUGAACAGCAGUUGGGUGUAGCAUUCAGGCUCCCAAACACUGGCUUGCUUUUUUUUUUUUUUCUUUUGCCUCUCUUAAGGAGCCUUCUCUGUGUAAAAAAGGCAUUUUGUUAUUUUUUUUUUUUCCAGGGCGAACUUCCUCAGUUUAACUUGUUAUAAAAUGAGUCAUGUAAAGAAACCCUCAAUGUGUGAGGUGUAUCCCUUCUCUGUGAAAACAUUACAGACCAAACAACUUGCUUGCAGUUUAUUUAAGAUGCUUUUGUUGAAAGCUGAGCUAAGCAGAGAAACCUCUUAUGUGUGAAGUAUUAUACAGUGUGUGUGAGAUAAUAACACCUUGUAAUUCAUUACAGCUGGGUUGUAUUUACAUAAAAGAAGGCUGAGCUGUGUAGGAAUUUGCUGAUUAAUUUAUUUUUAAUGGGAGUGAAGUAUACCAAGUACCAAAAUAAACUUUACUUUGUGUAUCUUA